GACUUUUACUUUUGAUACUUCUGUGAUAUUUUAACACGAUUUCUCCAAUUCUAUCAUCUAUCUUCUUCUAUCUGUGAAUACUUUGUGCACAGUAACGUACCGGAUGACUGUAUGUCUCUAAUAUAACAAUAUAAUGAGUAUAAUGUGUCUGUGGACAGAACCAGUCCGAACCAGCAGGUUCUAAUUCUCAGUGUGAACUUUAAUUCGAGCGGACUCGCUCUCUUUCUUCCUGCAUGUCAUUUCCUGUGGUAAAGAUGGUGGUCCAGGCUCGAGGAGGCGACUGAGUCGCUGCUAAAAUUAACGGGAAACUUUGGGUCGGCGGUUCGCCGCGGAGCCAGCGGCCGGGGGUCGGUGCUCGGCGGCCCGGGGGGCUGGACGGUCCGGCUGCACCCGGGAGAGAGGGUCCGUGUCCCCGCCGCGUCUCUGCACAAGUAACAGACGGUGUGUUGUCGUCCUGCAGUAACAGACGGUGUGUUGUCGUCCUGCAGAGGUUGUGAAGUGAACAUGGUUCCAACAUGAGCGAGCAGUCGUUGGACCUCUGGUUCUGUGAGGAGUGUCAGGACUAUUUCCAGAAGGAGUGUCCUACCCACGGGCCCCCGCUCUUCAUCCCUGAUACACCUGCGGCCCCCGGCUUGCCCAACAGGGCGGCACUCACUGUCCCGUCAGGCCUGGAGGUCUUCGCGGAGGGAGACGAGGUGGAUGUUCGCUGCGUGGAUCCAAACAUCCCCAAGGGGGCGCUGUUCGGACCGUACGAGGGAGAGCUGGUGUCCAAGGACAAAUCCUCCGGCUUCUUUUCCUGGAUAAUUGUUGACUUCAACAACACGUAUCAAUCCAUCGAUGGCAGCGAUGAGACCAAAGCCAACUGGAUGAGGUUUGUCCGGACCUCGUCUGAGGAGAGCGACAGGAACCUGACGGCGUUUCAGCAUCAUAGAAACAUCUACUUCAGAGUGUGUCGCACGCUGGCAGCAGGAGAGAAACUGAGGGUGUGGUACAGCGACGACUACAUCCGACAGCUUCACUGCGUCUCUCAGCGGAGCAUCGACCACAACCUGGACCCAGGUGCUGGGAAGCCGACGGUCCUGCCCAACGCUCAGAAGAACUUGAAGUCUCCGUGUCUGCAGUCAGCUCUGCAGGGCAAACCCAGUGACGAGCCCGACGGCCAGCCUCCCGCCAAGAGGAAGAAGAUCGACCUCAUCUUCAAAGACGUCCUGGAGGCAUCUCUAGAGGACUCCAGCAAGUCCAGGUCCCAGUGCUCCCUCCCCAGUGAGUGUAAAUCAGUGGCGCUCAAGUCGGGCUUAAAUUCCUCUGAAAGCAGCUUUAACGUUCCCAACCUGAAGGUGGAGGAGAAAGAGGAGGAGGACGAGACCAGCGAGGAACCCUCCACCUCCUUCUGCCCCAACUGUGUCAAACUGAAGAGGAGGAUCCUGGAGCUGGAGGAGGAGCUGUCCUGUCUCAGAGGAGAGCAGGGCGGCGCCGCUGGUCCACAAAUGUCUCAGCAGACCCAACUCGACCGGGCCCCGCCCCACCCUGAGCAGGGCCCCAUUGAAGAUUUCCACGGGAUGGAGCCUCUGACUCCCACUCAGGUGGUUCUGGAUGAAGACGACCAGGAUGUGGACUCGGCUGAUGAGUCGAUCGCUGCAGAUCUUGUGAUUUCUCCAGAAGACCCGUCGAAACUUUCCUCAGCAGGAGGCCGACGGAUUCGCCGCUUCAAGCAGGAGUGGCUGAAAAAGUUCUGGUUUCUUCGCUACUCACCAACCCUCAAUGAGAUGUGGUGCCACGUCUGCCGCCAGUACACCGUCCAGUCAUCUCGAACCUCUGCCUUCAUCAUCGGCUCCAAGCAGUUUAAGAUCCACACCAUCAAGCUCCACAGCCAGAGCAACCUCCAUAAGAAGUGUCUGCAGCUGUACAAGCUGCGCAUGCAUCCAGAAAAGACCGAGGAGAUGUGCAAGAACAUGAUGCUGCUGUUCAACGCAGCGUACCACCUGGCCCUGGAGGGACGGCCCUUCUCAGACUUCCGUCCUCUGGCGGAGCUUCUGAAGAGGUGUGAGCUCAAAGUGGUGGACCAGUACAUGAAUGAAGGAGACUGUCAGAUCCUCAUCCACCACAUCGCCCGUGCUGUCAAAGAGGACCUGGCUGAGAAGAUGCGCCUGUCUCCCUUCCUCAGUGUCAUAUUGGAUGCCCAAAACGAUGACCUGUUCUCGGACAUGGUGGCGGUCUACGUCCAGUUCAUUACCAAUGAAGGCUCUCCAAACACAGAGUUCCUGUCCUUGCAGAGACUGAGCAUGGCCAGUGUGGAUGGGUAUCUCCAGGCGGUGGAUCGUGCCUUCAAUGUCCUGGGCCUCAGGUUUCAGGACUUGCUGGUGGUGGGUCUGGGAGUAGAUGGCACUAACAUCUCUUCAGGAAUGAGAGCUAACCUGUACAUAGCCGUACAAAAGACAUACCCAUGGAUCCUCUGCUUUCCCAUUAUGAUCCAUCGGCCUCAUCUGGAGGUGCUGGAUGCCAUCAGUGGGAAGGAGCUGUCCUGCCUGGAGGAUCUGGAAAACAACCUCAAGCAGCUGCUCAGUUUCUACCGCUACUCCCCUCGCAUGAUGGCCGAGCUGCGGUCCACUGCUCCGACACUGUCAGAGGAGACCGAGUUCCUCGGAGACAUCAGAGCCAUUCGAUGGAUCAUAGGAGAGCCAAAUGUCCUGAACGCACUCAUCAAAGAUUACCUGGAGGUUGUUACUCAUCUUAAGGAGAUCAGCAGCCAGACACAGAGAGCGGAUGCUGCCGCCAUCGCCCUCACCCUCCUCCAGUUCCUCAUGGACUAUCAGUCUGUAAAACUCAUCUACUUCCUCCUCGACAUCAUAGCUGUUCUCUCACGAUUAGCCUUCACUUUCCAGGGAGAGUACCUGCUGGUGUCACAAGUGGAAGCCAAGAUAGAAGAGGCCAUUCUGGAGAUCGGCCAGUUGGUGGACUCCCCCGGAGAGUAUCUGCAGGAGUUCGAAGAAAGUUUCCGAGAAAGUUUCAAUGGCGUAGCGCUGAAGAAUCUGCGUGUUGCAGAGUCCAAGUUUCAGUCCAUCCGAGAAAAAAUCUGCAACAGGAGCCAGGGCAUCCUGUCUCAGAGGCUGGACAUGCAGAGCCGCUCAUUUGCCAAAGCCUGCAAGGUCCUAGACCUGUCCACCUGGCCGGACAACCGCGAGGACCUACAAGUUUAUGGAGAGGAAGAAAUCCAGAUUAUAUUCAGCCAUUUGGAGUCCAUCCCCUCUGGGGGUCAGGAGGGCUCCCAGGCCAGGACGGAGGCCAGGGGCAGUCUGGUGGUGGAGUGGAAGGAUCUGAAAGCAGACUUCUACAGUAUGAAUGGAUUUAAAGAGGUCAUUAGUCACAUCUGCAGGUACAGGCAGCGUUUUCCUCUGCUGAACCGGAUCGUGCAGGUUGUCAGGGUCCAGCCCACUUCCACGACCUGCUGUGAUAAAGGCAGAAGUUCUCUACAGAAGAUGUGCAAGAACAACCGUUCCCGGCUGACUCUGGAGCAGAUGAACGACCUGCUGACCGUGGCGGUUAACGGACCGCCCAUCUCCAGCUUUGAUGGGAAGCGAGCUUUGGACAGCUGGUUCGAGGAGAAGUCUGGCAGCAGUUACUCUCUGUCAGCUGAGGUGUUGAACAGGAUGUCAGCUGCUGAUCCAAAGUCUGUCCUGCACAGUGUUGACGUCAACACAGAGUUCUACCCUGACAUAUAACAGAAUGACACAUCAACGACACAUUAACAUGAACACAGCGAGGCAGAGCUGAUCCUGAAUACCAACCAGGAUGCAUUUACCCAAAGACACACUCCUCAGUCACCUUGGAAACAAAGUCUUUAUGCUUUAAGAAUAUAUAUCCUCAUAUUAAAUCACACAAAUGUCUCAACACGAUUACAGAUUUGUAGGAUGCUGAUCUUAAAUAUAGUUAUUGUCAUAAUAACUUCAAGACUAUUGCAGACUGACUGCACAACAUGAGCUUCAGAUUUCCAACAGACCAGUUAGAGAAAAUACAACAGCUGAAAGAAACUUUCAUUAUUAGGUUUCUGCCAUUUCAAACGGCUCUCAACCUGAAUAUUAAUGUACUGUACAUUACACACAGUGUCUCUCUCUACAGUGAAAUAACAUUAAACAAAACCACAAAGUCAUCCCAUCUAUCGAAGGUGUUUGAUAAAGGGGGUGGACUACAGAGCAGGCCUGUCAGUCAAAGCCCUGGGAUUCAGAGGCCCCUGAGCUUCACAUGCAAAACAAACAACUACAAAGAACUUAAGAGACAAAACAACCACAAAGAGACGCAAAACAACCACAAAGAGAUGCAAAACAACCACAAAGAGA